AUGUUACACUCGCUUUCUUCCAUUUUAUUGCUGCUUCUGGCCUCGGAAGCUGCUUCAGGUGUUGCAGCGGUCGCUGUGGCUAUUCCUGACAGCCAGGCGCUUGAAAGGCGUCACCAGGACUCGACAGUGGAGCCUGAGUGUGAUGAAUGGGAGGAAACAAUCCCUACCAGUACCACUUCAUGUGAUGAAUGGGAGGAAACAAUCCCUACCAGUACCACUUCAUGUGAUGAAUGGGAGGAAACAAUCCCUACCAGUACCACUUCAUGUGAUGAAUGGGAGGAAACAAUCCCUACCAGUACCACUUCAUGUGAUGAAUGGGAGGAAACAAUCCCUACCAGUACCACUUCAUGUGAUGAAUGGGAGGAAACAAUCCCUACCAGUACCACUUCAUGUGAUGAAUGGGAGGAAACAAUCCCUAUCAGUACCACUUCAUGUGAUGAAUGGGAGGAUACAAUCCCUAUCAGUACCACUUCAUGUGAUGAAUGGGAGGAAACAAUCCCUAUCGGUACCACUUCAUGUGAUGAGACUCCAACUUCUACUUCAAGCAAGCCAACUACCAGUAUUUCAAGUCCUUCUACUGAAAACUCGAAGCCACCAACCUCUGGUCCUUCCACUUCCCUACCACCAACUUCGAAGCCUUCUACCUCUCAACCACCAACUUCGAAGCCUUCUACUUCUCAGCCACCUAGCUCUGGUCCUUCUACUUCCCUUCCACCAAGCUCGAAGCCUUCUACUUCUCAACCACCAAGCUCGAAGCCUUCUACUUCUCAACCACCAAGCUCGAAGCCUUCUACUUCUCAACCACCAAGCUCGAAGCCUUCUACUUCUCAACCACCAAGCUCGAAGCCUUCUACUUCUCAACCACCAAGCUCGAAGCCUUCUACUUCCCAGCCACCUAGCUCUGGUCCUUCUACUUCCCUACCACCAACUUCGAAGCCUUCUACUUCUCAAGCACCUGCUUCCAGCCCAUCAAGCUCUGGCCCAUCAAGCUCUGGUCCUACGACUUUGAUGCCAAGUACCGCUACUACUUACCAAUCAACCACAGAGACCGAGACCACUACUGUUCCAUGCUCGACUUCUACCUACGUUACAACAAGCAAUGGUACUCCAGUCACUCAAACCACUACCUACACUGUUCCAUGUGAGUCUUGUGAGACCUCAACUUCUGUGUUCACGAGCAAUGGUACUCCAGUCACUGAGACGGAGACCACCACUGUUCCAUGCGAAACCUCGACUUACGUGUCUACCAGUAAUGGUACUCCAGUCACUCACACCACUACUUACACCGUUCCAUGUGUCACUGAGACCUACGUCUCUACGAGCAACGGUGUACCAGUAACUUACACAAAGACUUACACUGCCCCACGCGAGACUAAGACUUAUGUAACCACCAGUGAAGGUACACCAGUCACUUACGUUACUAUCCUGCCUAUAACUGAAGGGACCACUGAGGCUGCUGCUCAACCAACCGAGGAAGCUACGUCUGCAUACGAGACUGUCAGUAACGGUGUCACUGUGACUUCCUACAGCAGUGGAACCCUGGCCUCCUCUACCAUUGAAGGUACUGCUGCUCCAGGUGAGAGCACUGCUUCUUCGGUACCAAUUUACGAAGGUGCAGCUAACAGACUAGGUGCGGGCAUCUCUGGUCUGUUCUUCGCCGCCUUCCUAUUAUUAUAA